CGCAGCUGCCAAAUAUGGUGGAUAUGGGUGCUUUUGGCUCAAUUUACAGUUGCUUUAAGCUCAGUUAAGAUUUUUGUCACCUGUUCACUGGAGUCAGGACGUAUGGGACAAUGUCUGCCUGUGAAGAUGACGCAGAGGCAGCUGAUGUGUCAGGCCAGGAUGUUGAUGAUGUUGAGAUCGACGUGCCUGCUCUCAAGCUGAAGGUGGAACAGCUUGAAGAGGAGUUGAAGAUCUGCAGAGCACAACUCCAGAACCUGCAGCAACAACUCGGACACAGUCAGCAACAAGGGGACGCAGACCGCUACAACGAUGACCUCAGACAGCAGGUCAGUAAGUUACAAGCUGAGCUUCAGACGCUGCAGAAGGAAGGCAGGAGAGAAGACAAGAGGCAUGCGGACGCAGAGACACAGACGGAAUUUGAGACAUGGACAGGCUGGGAAACAGAUGCUACAGGUUACAGCCAUGCAGGUUAUCAGUACAGUGAAACAGCCGCAGAAGGUGUAGACGACGCUGCUGCUAGUGCUGUUGCAGAGAGCCACUAUGCUGCUGACCCCAACACCACACAGCCGUACCAGUCAUGCCCAACGCCAGCUGAAGCUCAGGAAAGCGGGAACAUGGAUACCACUAGUUCACUUCAACAACAGCCAGGUGACGAGAGCUCCAUAGCAGACGUGCUGAGGGCCACAGCAGAGGAGGCUCUAGGCCACACUGGAUUCGUCUUCGACGAGAACUCUGGAAUGUACUACGAUCACAGCACCGGCUUCUUUUACGACUCGACUAAUUGCCUGUACUACGACGCCAACACGGGCAUCUACUACUACUAUGAUGCAGACAGCGGCAAGUACCAGUUCCACUCCCGAGUCGACCUGGCCGCCCAGGAGCAGGAGGCGUACGACCAGGCUGUGGAGGACAAGGACGGGACAGAGAGACUCAUAAGCGGCUGUCGGGAGCCCGAGCCGUCAGACGCCAAGUCCAAGAGGAGAAAGAAAUGCGUGACGAGUUCAAGCAGCAACAAGAAGUCAAGCGGCAAAAAAGUCACGAAACAGGCCAAGAAGCACAAGAGGGGCCACCACUCGGACGACUCCGAUGACGAUUCGGACGGCAGAAGAAGUGCGAAGAAAAAAAAGAAGCACAAAAAGACUUUGAAAGAAAAACGAAAGAAGGACAGGCAGCGUGAGAAGAAGAGAAAGAAGAGGACGAGGCAGACGCAGAGCACGGACAGUGAGAUCGAGGAGGGAGAGAUAACGGAUGUGGACAGUGUUAAAUCUUCCUCCUCAUCCUCAUCUUCAUCAUCAGCAUCCUCCUCUUCUGAAAAGACUGAUAGUCCCCCAACAGAGGAAGCGGCUCCUGAGGCGUGGCCCCCUUGUGUUCGUGUGACGGUGGUGCGCUCCGCUACGCUCCAGGUUGGAACCCUCUUCAUCCUCACAGCAGACGCCGCUGCUACCAUUGGCAGGGAGAAGGACCUGAACCAUGCGAUCCGCAUUCCAGAGGUGGAAGUGAGCAAAUCCCAUGCCAUGGUGCACUUUGACCUUGAGCAGCAGUGCUACAUGCUGACCGACCUGGGGAGUCAGAACGGCACCGUCAUCAACGGGAACCGGAUCCUCCAGCCCAAGGUGCAGUGUGAGCCGUGCUCCUUGACCCACGGUGACGAGGUGAAGAUUGGGGAGACCGUCCUCUCCUUCCACAUCCACUCCGGAACAGACACCUGCGACGGCUGCGAGCCAGGACAGAUCUUUGCACAUCUCAGUAGACACCCCAAGGAGAAGAACUCCGCUCAUGCAGGUGUUGCGGUUGGAGAGGACAAGGAGUUGAAGAGACAGAAAGAACUCAAACAGAUGAAAGUCAAAUACGGGCUCAAGAGCAGUGACUUUGAGACCAGCAAGGCAAUCAGCAACCCGCUGUAUAAGGACCGGGCCACCACGCGCAGGCAGAACGUGGGGAGCGAGGGAACCUUCUACAGGGAGGACACCCCGGCCUCAGUGCACGUGGAGAUCAGUGAAGUGAAUAAGGGCCGGAAGAUGCUGGAGAAGAUGGGCUGGAAGAAAGGGGAGGGGCUGGGGAAGGACGGAGCCGGACGGAAAGACCCGAUCCAGGUGCAGCUCCGGAAGGCUCAGUCGGGCCUGGGCUCCUGUAAGACAGUGGAUAUGGACCAGGCGGCGUGGUCCACGACCAAGAGCAGCAAGGCUGACAAGUGGAAGAAGGCCCAGGAGCGCUUCAUGGAGACCUGCCAGGCCCAUCUGUCUGAUGACUAGACCAGCACCUGCCUGCCUGCCAGGACCUCCAUUCACACGGCUGGGGCCUACAGCAUACUAAGGAGCUGGUUCAGGAGUAAACCAGGUGAAGUUAAGAGGUAAAUCACUUCUAUUAGAUGAUUUACCUCUUAACCUCUGAACCAGCUUUGCAGUGUAGUCCCCAGGACCUGCCAGACAGCUUUCUGGUGACUAGAGCAGGACCUGCCAGCCAGACAAACCAUUCUCUCUCAUUUUACUCCUGCCCGAGUAAAGGCUUAAAGGGGU